UAUCUAAAUUAAUAGUUUUGGGAAGUCAGUACAGUCCUGAACAGAACUAUAGCCUUGAAAGCCCAUUAAUGGCUUUUAAUGGACUUAAAAGGGUGACAAGAUACUGUCAGUGUUGCACUCCUGUCUUUAAAUGGCUUACUUGCAUGUUCAUUGAUUUCAGUGGAAUUUCUGUCUCAAGUUUCCAUGCUUAGGAUUACAGCACUGGUUUCCUGCCCGUCACUUUUUCAUUUUGAGACUUCUUCCCCAGUAGUAUAAGGAACAAGGGGUUGUGAAAAGAGAACUAGUUUACGUAACCGAUGGCAGGAAAAGUACUUCUAAGAGCAAAUUGGGUUUUUCAAAGAAGGAAAUUGCAUGUAAUCUUUCACUUUCAGGUUCUUUGUUUUUUACCAUGGCCUGGAAGUUUGCACAAAACCACCUCCCAGGGUUCGGACUCGUCCCCUCCUCCUAUCAUAUUUCAUUAUGAAUCUAGUGGAAAGCAGCCCGUUCCUGUCUAAACUGAAGAGCAGCAGCAGCAACGAGAGCGAUCUGCGGUAUGAUUUAACAUGUGAACUCUACAGGAUCUCCACCUUCUCGACUUUCCCCCUGAACGUUCCAGUGUCAGAAAGGAGUCUUGCCCGUGCGGGUUUCUAUUACACCGGCCUGAAAGACAAAGUGAAGUGUUUCAGCUGCGGUUUGAUGUUGGAUAACUGGAAGAAAGGAGACAGCGCUUUGGACAAGCACAAGCAACUCUACCCGAGCUGCAGCUUUCUUCAGAGCCUGGGUUCAGCCAACAGUCUCGGUUCCUCGUUCCAUUCUGCCUUCUCGCCUCCAGUUACGUCGAUGGGCGCCAAGAUGAACGUUGAAAGGAAAGCGCCCAGUUUGGAUCAAGGGGGCUAUUUCAGCGGACACUAUGCAAGCUUCCCCCAGGAUCCAAUAGCAUCCAGGGCCGUGGAAGACCUGUCCUAUUUCAGACCCAAAUCUUUCAAUCGCUCCAUGAAGACAGAAGAAGCCAGGCAGCGAACUUUCCAGGCAUGGCCCUUGACGUUUUUGGCACCGUCUGAGCUGGCCAGAGCUGGGUUUUACUAUGUUGGCCCUGCAGAUAGGGUAGCUUGUUUUGCCUGCGGCGGCCAGUUGGGCAACUGGGACCCAGAGGAUAGCGCCAUGUCUGAACAUCGGAGGCACUUUCCCAAUUGCCCUUUUGUGCAAAAUCUGUAUGGAGACCUGCCCAGUUUCUCAGUUGCAAACCUGAGAAUGCAAACCCACAGUGCCCGAGUCAGCACCUUCACCAGCUGGCCAAUUACGAUUCCAGUUCGGCCACAGCAGCUUGCAGACGCCGGCUUCUAUUACGUAGGUUGCAAUGACGACGUCAAAUGUUUCUGCUGUGAUGGUGGACUCAGGUGCUGGGAGUCUGGGGACGAUCCAUGGGUGGAGCACGCGAAAUGGUUUCCAAGGUGUGAGUACCUGCUUCACGUGAAAGGGCAAGAGUUUGUCCAUCAGGUUCAAGAAAGAUACCCCCGCCUUCUUGAACAGCUGCUGUCCACUUCAGACAUACCUGCGUUUGAAAACACUGAUCCACCAGUCAUCCAUUUUGAACCCGGAGAAAACCCUUCAGAAGAUGCAGUCAUGAUGAAGAACCCGGUGGUGGAGGCUGCCUUGGAGAUGGGGUUCAACAGAAGACUUGUUAAGCAGACCAUUCAGAGUAAAAUCCUAACGACAGGAGAGAGCUACAAGACGGUGUAUGAUCUUGUGUCUGAUCUCGUUGCCGCAGAAGAUGAAAGCAGGGAAGAAGAAAAGGAAGUACAGUUGGAGGAAGUGACGUCAGAUGAUCUGACCUUAAUCCGAAAGUACCGGAUGGCGUUGUUUCAGCGCUUAACAUGCGUGCUCCCUAUCCUGGAAAAGUUGCUGACUUCCAAAGUCAUAACCGAGUUUGAAAAUGGUGUCAUAAAACAGAAAACGCAGACGCCCCUGCAAGCAAGAGAACUGAUUGAUACCAUCUUGGUGAAAGGAAAUGCAGCUGCAAACAUAUUCAGAAACUGUUUACAGGAGUGUGAUCCUCUGUUAUACAGAGAUUUGUUCGUGGAGAAGAAUGUGACAUACAUUCCACCAGAAGAUGCUUCAGGGCUGCCCAUGGAAGAACAGCUGAGACGUCUACAGGAGGAGAGAACAUGCAAAGUCUGCAUGGACAAGGAAGUGUCCAUCGUCUUCAUCCCAUGCGGUCAUUUAGUAGUGUGUAAAGAGUGUGCGCCAUCCCUUAGGAAGUGCCCUAUAUGCAGGGGUACAAUCAAGGGUACAGUUCGGACAUUUCUUUCAUGAGGGGCUAAAAGUUGCAACCGUGCUGGUUAAAAUACCAAGUCCAAGAGGUGCAGAAGAAGUCCAGAAUCCCUGUGUUAUGUUGCAAGAAAACAUAGGGGCUCACUUUUUGAAUCAAACGCUUCUUCCCUGGUACUCCAAGGGACGGCCUGAAUUGCUUGUCCAGGUGGGCCAAGCCCGUUGCCACAAGUCUAAUACUGUUUCUGAGCCAGUUUUAAUUUAUGAUGGGAACGGUCCACCAAGCCUCUUAGCAGCCCUUAAAAAUGAGUGUUGAUCAUUAUGAUUGUGUUGAAGAGAUUUAUCAGGUGGCUGACCUCCAGUAUGCAUUCUAGUCCAAAACAUCUGCACAAAGGUACCCUUAUUGUAAGCCAAACUUAAUGCAAACGGAAGCACCCAAGCAACUGUUUGGCGUUUCUGUUCAUAUUUAUAUUCUUUUUAUAAAACUGCUUUUGAAUUUCUGUUCAUAUUUAUAUUCUUUUUAUAAGACUGCUGUCGGGUAACUAAUUUUGCAAGUAUUUGUGUAUGUGAGAUAAUUAUUUUUUUAAGA